AGGUAACGCAUUUCUGUUUGAAAUUUCUUUUCCUCCCUCUCCUUCUUUUUCUUUGAUGUCCUUGAAUGACAACUAAAUGUAUCUAGUCGUAAUCGCAGAGGUUUGAUGUUACACCUUCACCUUGUUUAUUCUUCAUUCGUAGAAGUCUACUUCCACUACAACAUUUUCAUGAGUCUUAUAUAUUGCCAAUAGGUUGUCAGGAAUCAGAAAUCAUGGCAGCAGUGACAGUUUCGUCAGGUGCAGCUGCUGGUGGCAAGAAGAAGCGCUGGGGGGCUUCGAAGGGUGAGAAGAAAUACGCAACCACUGCUCAAACGGAUGGUUCUUGUGCUGACCAAGAAGGACAAGGAACAAAUGGUGCCCAUCCGGCAGUACAGGCUCGCGCUAUACAAGAACAGUCGGACGGUGGUCUCUCGCUAAUUACCGGUAACAAUCUUCUCGGUUCCAACAAUGCACUCGACUACCUCGCACAAGGUCUUGGCGGGCGCAGCGCGCAGUCCCAGGUACUCGGGGAGGCAACUACAGGGUCCUCUGCGGCACAAAGUGAAGCCAGUCUAGCGGAGUUUUUGACCCUGAUUCGAGAAGACGAGCACUGUUUCUGCCUCUCAGAAGCGGUAUGUCCGCGUGCUGACCAAAGGCUAUUCCAGGGACUUUUGAAGGAGCUUCAAUUUCAGCAAAUGUGGAUGUCUGGAGGCACAAGAUUGCAUAGACCGAGUCAAGUGGGCAGUCAGCGUCUCUUCGACGAGUCGCCAACUUACAUUAUGACAACGGGCAUUUAUAGCGGCUGCGACUAUUCUCAUAUAGACACUUUUGGAACUUUCUUAUUAGUCUGAUUCUUAUUGUUCUUCUGUAACUAACCUCCUCCCAUAGCAGGUCUUUAAUUCCCCUUUGUUUUCGUUUCGAGGUGUGCUGCAAAUCUUGAUUGGCUUUCACCCUUUGGUGAAGGUUUAGGCCCUGCGGCGCUCAAAGCACUAAGUAAGCCAACCGGUUAGUUUUCACCUCGACUAAAUUAGGCUUAUCCCGAGCAACAAUAUUUAUAUAUAACUUAAAAAUCUUUAGUAGGACUAAGUACACAAUUAGUAAAUGCCAUUCCGUCAUCACCAGCUCAGGUUAAUGUAUCGGGUGGUGCUAUCAGGUAGUAAAUGCUGACGCUUUUCCCAGCAUUUUGAUUAUCAUGAUAAUGAUCAUUUCUCGUGGUUGUACAUGUAAGUAUACUCUGCGCCUUCAUCUGAUCUCCUCUCUUCAUUCCCUGGCGCAUUGUCCGGUUCCUGGUACGGAAGUUCCGUUUGUCCGAUCCCAUUCGCAGUAUCAUCAACCUCUACCGCAGUGGGGACGAUUCGACAUCGCUUCAUCGAGACCAGUACUUUGGGGGUACCAAUUUCACCUGUGGUGUGUCCUUUGGCGCCACCAGGCACCUGGAAUUUCUGCAGGAAACGGAUUACCAAGCACAGGGAGCCAGCGCAGCCAACAUUUCUGCCAUCAGUAGCAGAGGAGGAGCAAGCAAAAAUGCCGGGGGAAAGCGGUUCAUCUUUCCCCAGCACAAUGGAGACAUUUUUGCGUUCUCAGACGUGCUGAAUUCGAGGUGGAGGCACUCAGUGCCGAAAGAGAAGAACGCGGGACCUAGGAUUUCACUCGUUCUCUUCUGUUCGCGACGCGGAAACUCUGGUGUGUGGGACUACGAGGGAGCAGUAGCAAAAGAUCCUGAAAACUUCCAUGUUCGGAUAUCAGACGCACCACACAUCCUUGAUCAUGACCCGAAUAAGGCACCAGCAUAAAAUUCGUUUGUUGAUUUCAGGUGUCCCAUUUGCUUGAAGAUACAUAGCUGAAGAGACCUUCCGCUUCCAGAUCGAUUCCUUGCUUCAUUCCCAUCAUUUUAACAGAAUUUUAGACACACGUAACAUCGUGGGCGUUAUUGUGCUUUCUGGCGAUCAUUUCUGAUUCGUGUAUCCUGCACUAUCUCCGCGGUCGUGGCAAAGAAACCA